UCCGCUUAUCAAUGCUCUAUGCCCUCGAAAUCCCCUUCGAAGCAGAAUUCCCAGCCGCGGCCAAUCAAACGGGAGGCGGAACCGGUGUCUGUUGACAUUGAGCAUAGUACCAAGUCCAACGAAGCACCGGAAGACUAUACACCUGAAGGCGUGUUGGAAUACUGCUCCAGGACAGCACACAAGACACUAGAAGAGGCACUUGAAACUCUUGAGCUUGAACCGCGCAGGAGAGUUAUAUGGCGACGGGACCUGACCAAGAUGCGUUCCAGCGGCGAUACCAGGACGAUUAUUGCUUUCUGCGGGGGCACCGGGGUCGGGAAAUCGUCCACUUUGAACGCCAUUCUCGACGCCAACAUCGUCCCGACUAGUGGUAUCCAAGCCUGCACUUCUGUUGUCACCGAGAUCGCAUACCAUACCAAACCCACUAUCGACGCCGAUGUAUCCUUUCUGUCGAGAGACGAGUGGAAGGCGGAGCUAGAGAUUCUCUUGAGCGAUCUUGUUGAAGACAAUGGAAGUCUCAAACCGACAACCGACCUCAAGAGCGAUGCUGGUGUUGCGUGGCUCAAGGUCCAUGCGGUGUACCCGACUAUUGACACUAGUCAACUCAUCCUGAUGACACCAGACCAGAUUAUCUCCAGCAACAUCGAAAUAGAAGGAAUUCUUGGAAGUAGUAGGGAAAUUUCUACCCCCAACUACAAGAAGUUUCGGCAUGAAAUCAACAAGUACAUCGACGCGAAUGAUCACCGGCGAGGAAAAGACACCCCGAAAAAGAAAAGGAAGGACAAAAGGAAGAAAGAUCGAGUGACGGAAAUGGAGGGAGCGACAGCCCGUGAAGAUCCCGAGAAGGGAGACCAAGAACCCAAGCCCAAUGAUGUUGUGGAAGAGCAAUCCGACCCCGUCGCCCUUUGGCCUCUGAUCCGUGGGGUCAAGGUUAGAACAUCCUCACCUGUCCUCGCGACUGGUGCAGUACUGGUCGACUUACCAGGGACCGAGGAUGCAAACGCUGCGCGGAGUAGUAUUGCGCGUCAAUAUUUGAAGAAAGCCGAUUGUGUGUGGAUAUUGUCCCCGAUCCAUCGCGCCGUGGACUCCAAGGUUGCCAGGGAUUUAUUGGGCGAGGCCUUCCGCACUCAACUCAAGAUGGACGGCGGGUAUAAUGCCGACACCAUCACCUUUGUCGCCACAAAGUGCGACGACAUUGCAUCUUCGGAAGUGAUCAAAGCCCUGCAACUGCGUAACGAACCUGAGCUCAGGGGAAUUGAAGACCGUCUCAAAGACAUCAAAAUGCAGUUAACACAGGCCGAAAGGGCCCAGAAAAUAGCCGAUAAUCGCCUUGCAGAUUUGUCUCAACAACUCGAAAAAUCACGUGCAGCCUCUCAUGAAUAUCAAGCUCGUUUGAGGGCACUGCAGUCAGGACAAGUGUUCGAAACUACAAAACUACCAUCCCUUGUCAAGAAGCGGAAAAAUACAGGAGGAGAGAAACCUGGUCCACCCAAACGUCGUCGUAACAUGUCUGACGACGAUGAAUCGUCUGGAUCCGAUUCGUAUACAUCUGACGAUGACCUUCCGUCAAGCAAUGCGGAAGGGGAGGACACGGCAGAUGAGGAUGAGACUGAUGAAUUAAUGGAGGACAUCUCAGAAGAGUCAUUAGAAGCGGCUAUACAAGAAGCAGAACACAAUAUUUCUCUGGUGACAACAAACCUGAAUGAAGUAUCGCGGAAUCGCAUGGAAACCGUUCGCCUAAUCUCGUCUCUCUCCGAACAAGAUCGUGACGCUCAACGAACAAAGGAUGCCUACUGCGCGAAGAAGCGCUCAGAACACUCGACAAACACCCUCAAGGACGACUUCCGUACUGGGUGCAGAGAAUACGAGGAUGCUGCCGCCGAAGAACUGGACCCAGACAACUUCGAUCCCAGCGUCUCGGAAAGUGCUUACGCUACCGUAGAUCUUCCUGUCUUUUGUGUCUCUGCAAGAGACUAUACCCGUCUCACAGGACAAGUGCGAGGAGACGGCAAAGCAGUAUGCUUCACCGACGUUGAAGACACGGGAAUCCCUUCGCUCCAAAAAUGGGUGACUGCGUUAACGCGCUCUCCACGAGAAACAGCUGCCCAGAGUUGCUCGUCCCAACUGAGAGCCCUCGCUGAGGACAUGCGUUCAUUUCUUCAUGACUCAAGUCGAGUCACUUCUACUGAUCGUAAUACCUUCCGGGCAAAAUGGAAAUCCCAAGUGUUUGACGAAGAUGAAGUGGAGUUCAGUGAAGAUGACAACUCUAGCGACAACGAAAUCCCCGGCAUCGACCACCCCAUUGUAACGGUGCUUGAUGAACGCCAACUUCGCUCUGGAAUCACUCCUCGUCUCGUUAAGCAAUUCUCCAGGAUCGUCGAAGAAAGUGUUACUGCCCUCAAGCAUCAUUUCAGGAAUGGGUUAGAAGAGAGAUGUCGCGUGGGGGCCGCAAAUGCUGCGGAUACUUCAGGUGCGACGUUGAACAACUUCAGGCAAUCCAUGCACCAUCGCUCCUACUCUGCAACCAUUCGGCGCGAUGGCGAAUUCCACCGCGACUUGAAUGUUGAGCUUGUGAACCCACUGACUCGCUACAUCGCACAAGCCUGGCAAGGGGUAUUCGAAGCCGACGUGUUUGCGCCCUUCUUUAAAGACAUUUCGGACUGUAUUUCGGCCCUCAUCCUGGACAUCGAGGAGUCUGCUCCGUCAGGACUGAAGCAGCACGUGCGGACACAGGGCGAGAUCUGCCGACAGUCCGCGCGAGUCAGCCUAAACCAGACUCUCGCAAGCGUGAAAGCAACUCUGACCGAUGAGCAAAAGACCGUAUCUCGCUCUAUUGCCCCGUUUGUGAAAGGCCGAAUGCUUGCUGCAUAUGCGGCUGCGAAGCAGGAAAAAGGCAAAGGCUCGGUUAUGCGGGCGACGAAAGUGUUGCAGGACUUCAUCCAUCAGUCUAAAGAUAUCGUGUUCAACAACAGCGCUGACUCUAUUCUGGAGCAACUGGAUGAUUGCGCGUCGUCUGUGGGGGCGACACUGAGAAGCGCCAUGACUUCACUCGCCCGCAAGGUCGAGCUCAACAUCUCGGUUAUAUGGGAAACGCAGGCGAACUACGACUCCAAGCAAGCCGUGAUCCGCUCCAACAUCGUUAUACAACUGGACGAAAUUCUGGGUCAACUCCGAUUGACGGACGAGGCUCGACAAGGGGAGAAGGUUCAGAAAGAGGCGCAGAUGGAGAUGGACUGA